AUGGCGAGGAAGAUGAAGGACACGGACAGCGAGGAGGAGAUCAGGGAGGCCUUCAGGCUGCGUCACGUGAUGACGAACCUGGGAGAGAAGCUGACGGACGAAGAAGUGGACGAGAUGAUCCGGGAAGCUGAUAUCGACGGGGACGGACAGGUCAACUACGAAGAGCAGGAAAAGGAGGAGAACGGCGGCGUAACCACGGCAACGCCACCGGCCAAUCAGAUGCUGCGUCUAACCGGUUUGACUCUGACCGGGCAGCUCAAAGUGGAGUGGCAGCUCUACAUACCAGACUUACAUCCUCUGCCCCCAAUCAGCUGA